UAUUGGAAAGAAUGCUUUUCUUGUAUUGCACCACCAAAUAGUCUCCACUCCCACAACUUCCCACUCUCAAAACUCCAAAGGAUUCAUUAUUCUUCUGGUAAAAAACUCUGCCAGGCUCUUCACCCUCAGUCCCCAAUCCCCAAUUUCCCAUACAUCCAGUAACAGUCUAACAGAGGUCUCUGACUCUGAGUAGGAAAGAAAAGGGAUAUGAGAGAGUGAUGUGAUGGAGGUGUCUGUACAGUGCAGCAGCAUCUGGGAUGAUGUUUUGGAGCUAACGAAGGUGGCCCAAGAGAAGGGCUGUGACCCUUUGGUGUGGGCAAUUCAAGUUUCCUCACAUUUGACUUCAGCUGGAGCGCCUCUGCCUUCUAUUGAGCUAGCCCAUCUCUUGGUGUCUCACAUUUGCUGGGAGAAUAAUGUGCCCUCUGCUUGGAAAUUGUUGGAGAAGGCCUUGGCUCUCAAGAUUGUGCCUUCUCUCAUUGUCUUUCCACUGCUAUCCAAUAGGGUUAUCCCAAAUCGUCAUUUGCGACCUGCAGCCUUCAGGCUUUAUAUGGAACUCCUGAAAAGACACAUAUUCACACUUAAAAUGCACGUAAGCAUGCCAAUCAAUGAAAAGGUCAUGGAUUACUUGGACUCUGUUCUCCAUUUCUCUCAGAUAUUUGGCAGACGGGCCGAGGAGCAUGGCACUCUUGUGAUUGACAUUAUUUUUUCAACUGUUUUUCAAUUACUUGAUGCAUCGUUAGAUGAUGAAGGGUUGCUUCAACUUACUCCAGAGAAGAAAUCUAGAUGGCUAAAUAAACCUGAAGAUAUGGAUUUGGAUGGAUUUAAUAGUUAUGAUGCAGAGAUGUUUGAGCAUAAAGAGAGACGGAAAAGUAUGAAUACGGUCAUGUGUGUUGAGUUGAUUGGGAAAUUUCUACAAAACAAAGUAACUUCCAGGAUUCUUUACUUGGCUCGCCAAAACAUGCCCGCACAUUGGGAAGAUUUUAUCCAACGCAUAGAACUGCUUAUUGCAAAUUCUUCAGCAUUGCAAAAUUCAGAAGUUCUAACUCCAGAUGGUCUCCGUCAGUUAACAUCAGGUGUUCACAAUUUACUGUCUAGGGACUGCAGAGCAAAUUCUCUGAGAGAGUCUCAAGCAUUAAUGGCUUCAAAACCUUUGGCAACCUGUGCUGGUCUUUUCCUUGGGACUAGUUGUUCUUCUUUUUGGCUACCUCUUGAUCUGGUAUUAGAAGAUGCAAUUGAUGGUUCACAAGUUAGUGCCACAAGUGCCAUUGAGAUUAUAACUGGUUUAGUGAAGUCCCUACAGGCAAUAAAUUGUACCAGUUGCCAUGAGACUUUCUUAGGACUUUGGAUGGCAGUGCUGCGAUUUGUCCAAAGGGAGAGGGAUCCUAUUGAGGGACCGGUGCCCCGUUUGGAGACUCGCUUGUGCAUGUUGUUCUCUAUCACAACACUUGUGAUAGCUGAUCUCAUUGAGGAAGAGGAAAGUGCAGACCCUAACGGGAUUGAGCACAGUAUGGAUGGACACUUUGAAAAACAGGGUUAUGGACAACGCCGUAAAGAUUUAAUAUCUAGUCUACAGUCUCUUGCUGGUUACCAGAGCUUGCUAAUUCCACCUGAGUCGGUUAUUUCUGCGGCCAACCAGGCAGCUGCAAAAGCAAUGAUGCUUGUGUCAGGCAUCAAUAUUGGCAGUGCAUAUUUUGAAUGCAUCAACCUGAAAGAUAUGCCAACGAAUUGUUCUGGAAACCUAUACCAUUUGAUAAUUGAAGCCUGCAUUGCCAGGAAACUACUGGAUACAUCUGUUUAUUUCUGGCCUGGCUAUGUAAAUGGACGAAUUAACCAGUUACCGCACAGUUUGCCUACUCAAGUGCCUGGUUGGUCAUCAUUCCUGAAGGGGUCCAUGCUUACUCCAGUAAUGGUUAAUGCUUUAGUUUCAAGCCCUGCUUCAAGCUUAGCGGAACUUGAGAAAAUCUUUGAAAUGGCGGUUAAAGGUUCAGAUGAUGAGAAAAUAGCUGCUGCAACAAUUCUUUGCGGUGCCUCGUUAAUUCGUGGUUGGAACAUUCAGGAACACACUGUCUACUUUAUAACUAGAUUGUUGUCCCCACCAGUUCCUGCAGGCUAUUGUGGAAAAGACAGCCACUUGAUUUGCUAUGCACCAAUGCUGAAUGUCCUGCUAGUUGGAAUAGCACCUGUUGACUGUGUCCAGAUAUUCUCUCUUCAUGGCAUGGUUCCGCAACUUGCUGGUUCUCUAAUGACAAUCUGUGAAGUAUUUGGAUCCUGUGUUCCUGAUGUUUCAUGGAAACUGCCAGGUGGAGAGGAAAUCUCAGCUCAUGCAGUAUUUUCAAAUGCGUUUGCUCUACUUCUAAAGCUGUGGAGAUUUAAUCAUCCACCUAUUGAGUAUGGAGUAGGAGACGUGCCACCUGUGGGGUGUCAGUUAACUCCUGAAUACCUGUUACUAGUACGUAAUUCCCAUUUAGUGUCUUCGGGAAAUAUUCUAAAGGAUCCACAUAGAAGGAGACUUGCAGCCGUUGUAAAUUCAUCCUCUCCGAAUCCGAUAUUUUUGGAUUCAUUUCCUAAACUGAAAGUAUGGUAUAGACAACAUCUGGCAUGUAUAGCUUCGACUCUCUCUGGUCUAGUAAAUGGGACCCCUGUCCACCAAACUGUUGAUGUGCUACUUAACAUGAUGUUCCGGAAAAUUAAUAGGGGAAGCCAAUCGUUGACCAGUGUGACAUCUGGAAGUAGUAGUUCCUCUGGGCCAAGUGAGGAUACUUACCCAAGGCCUAAAUUACCUGCAUGGGAUAUACUUGAAGCUGUGCCUUUUGUGGCCGAUGCUGCUUUAACAGCAUGUGCCCAUGGUAAAUACUCCUACCUCCUUCUUCUACGCACUUCACCCAGAAACUCUGCAAAAAAAAACCCCAAAUCAAGCUCAACUCUCUCUUCCUUUUCCUCUCACCGGAGACUCUCCAGGUUGGUGCAUAUGUCUUCUUCUUCCCGCCGCUCGACGAGAUUGUUAGUGUUUAUGUUCAAAAACCCCACAUUAUAAUUGACAAUAUUAUUAUGGCUUUCUAAGAUAGGUUUAGGGUUUUGUCCGGGUGGUUUUACAGAUGACUGAUCAAUCAGAGACAACAACAGAAGGACUGACACUGAAAAUUUGAUUUAGGAAAGCUGUUUCCUUAAGAGACUCACACGGUACUUCACAGAAGAUCAGAUCAGUAUGGAAAGAAGAUCAGCGUAUCUUCAAAGAAGGUAAUGGACCUAAUCUACAAAGAUUACUUUCCACUUUUACAGUCCUACCUUCUACAAUCAAAGACAUCUAUGGAGAGUGUUUAUUGAAGGAUCUAUAAGAACCAGUUCUUGGAGAGAACUAGGGUUACGACCAAGAUACAAAGAAACACUCCAUACCGGCUAUAUGAGGAUAGAUCUUUGAUUGACAUGCAUCUUCUCAAAACAGAAUGUUCAAGAUGAUUAAGAUGAUGAACUUGAGAAGAACUACUGCUACUUAAACGAAAGG